UGCAGCUCUAGUGGCGAAGCAGCUAACAUGUACAAGGCGACCGAUGAGAGGCCAUACAGAGCAUAUCGUCCGCGCCAGUAGUUUCAGGAGACGCGGGAUCCGCGGCGACCAGACACUGCCUUGCGGACUCUGACCGGCUGGCUGACGAGGUGUGGAGCUGUGCACUUCAGAAGUUGUAAUUGCGUGGCGAAGCAAUUGCAGACAAAGUCAGGGACUCGGUUGAGAACUGAAUCCGUCAGGUAUGCGAGCGGCCAUGAUCUGAACGAGGCCGUGAGAGGGCGGCAGGUAUAUGAAAUGCGCGACUCGGCGAGUCAAUAAAGAACAGGCAGAAUUACCAUCCUUCAAAGCCCUCUCUGCCGUAUAGACCGGACCAGUAAGCCAGGGGAGCUCCAAUACGUAAAGCGAGACGCGCUAGGCUGGUGCAAGUGGUGUGAUUAGGCUCCCGGUUACAGCUCCCGAUGGAAGGGCAGUAGAACCUUUGUCAUGGCGUGGUGUUAUUGGUUAGAAGGGGUGUUUAGCGUAAUGCCACACUGUCAUGAUCACCAUUAGCUCAACCCACGGAUUCAUGCAAGCAAGCAUGUUGUAAUACAUAGUCGUCUAUGGAGUCAGCAGCGCGAAUACUGUGAAACGCGUGGCCCAUGCCCGGCCACAAGCAAGCGUUAGGCUAUGAUGUGAAGUCAUUUUCAUACUGAGAGUAUGAAUGAAGGUUCAUUGUAUCAAACUGCGAAAAGUCUGAAAUAUCGUGAGGCAUAUAUUGCGACGCGAGGGUAGAUCUCGUGCAAAGCCGUGUGGUUACGAGCUAGAGAGAAGGAUUGGUCUCAGGCGCGUGGGUUGCACCCCUGCAAUGCUUGGCGUUCAUGUGGCACUUUCGCGCUAGAUGACCCCACCGAAACUGCAUAACAAGAUAUAAGCGCAUCAAUAUCCCGACAUUGACUAACAUGGCUACCCGCUCAAGACAUCUACCCGACCACAAGAAACGGCCUGUUCUGAUGCCAAAGGAUGAGGGGAACGGCAAACCUCCCACCCGACCGCGAAGUUCCCGCAUUGCAAAGAGGUCGGCAAUUAAUAAAGUGGCUAUAUAUCAGACGGGAAAUAAACAACAAGAAGCUGCCGCCGAGCGGAGCUCGUUGCGAGAGAGCUUACACACCCAAACGACGAAUCCUGUUCAGAAACCGGCGACGCGAAAGCGACCUGUAGAACCCGAUGUUGAACAAGGGACGGAACACAGACGAAAGCGAUCCCGAAAAUCUGACCGUCAACUACUAGCUCAGCAACCAAAUAAGAAGAGACAGCGAGAUACCUUAGAUCCCAUCCACAACAAGCUAGUGGCAGCUCCUCGAAAGCGAGUACAAAGAUUCUCCGAAGAUACAA